GCACAAAUCUGUCAUUGCUUACAGUUAACAGACUUGACGUUCACAUCAAACAAUUUAAUACAAUUGCCCGAAAGUAUUGGAAGUUUAGUUAAUCUCAAAAUCUUAAGAGUAGACGAAAAUGAGAUUAAAACCCUCUCAUCAGCGAUCGGAAGUCUGUCGAGUUUAGAAGAGCUGGUGUUUAAUGAGAACGAAGUGGAAAGCCUUCCGACAAAUAUCGGUUUAUUGCGAAAUCUUCAGACAUUGAUCGGUGACUGCAAUCGUUUGACAGAACUUCCCGUUUCUAUUGGCAGUUGUGUUAACUUAAGGAUACUAUCGUUGGCUGAGAAUCAGCUCAAAGUGAUUCCCGACGAAUUGGGAAGACUUUCGUCGCUUAAAGUUCUUAAUUUGAACUCUAAUUUCUUAACUUAUUUACCGCUAUCUCUAACAAAGAUCACAAAUCUUCAGGCCUUGUGGUUGAAUGAGAAUCAAACAAAACCAUUAAUUCAAUUACAAUCAGACAUUGACAGAGAGAGCGGCCAAAAAGUGUUGACGUGUUUUCUUUUGCCUCAAAUGUCGGAUCAAUCGCGAAAUUCGCCUAAAAGUGUGGUUUCGCCCAACGAUUCCAAUAACACAAACAAUAAUGUUUUGCCCGAAAGACAAAUGAUUAAAUUCUCAAACGACUCGUCAGCUCUAAACAGCAUUGACGACGAUCUGGAUGUGCGGAUCACAACCAAACUGAUUCGGGCGCCCACUCCGUACCCCAAAGAGCUGAAAGCACACGCCAGACACGCCCGCAAUCUGGCACUCAAACAAAGGGAUGCGAACGGCACUAACGGUGACAAUGAAAUGGUUACUCUUGUCAAUGGGUGCGAACCGACCGCCGCCUCCGAAGGCGAUCGACAAUCUAGUCAUUCAGAAGUGAAAGAAACGAAAGUAUCGAAAUCACCCUUAAAUUCGAGACACAUUCCAACAAACAUUGAUCCGCCAAAAAGGCCGACAACACUACCCGUUAACUCGUUAUUCAAUUUUCCUAACAUUAAUACGUCUGCGAAAAGUGCUCUGGAAAUGGAUCGCUUAGAAUUAGUGGCCUCUAAGAUAUCGCAACUUAUUGUGUCUGAAAGCAAAGCAACCGAUGAAUCGACGGCGAAGUCAGGCCACGAACGCAAAGCCAGUUAUAAAGUUGCUGUUAAUAGUAGUCUGAGUUUGAAGAGUCCGAUCGAAAGGAAAAUCAAAUUAAAAAGUAUUGCAUCGAAAGAAGACGACGAAAGAGGAUAUAAAAGUGAUGUUGAGUUUUAUUCGACACAAAGUUUAUUAAAUAAUACAAUAACUGGUUAUUCGAGUGAUUGUGAGUUGCGAUCAAAGCGUUUGGAUCGACUCAAAGAAGUAGUGCCUAAAGAAUGUGAUUUAGACUCCUCUCUGAUUAAAACGCCUUUAGAAUCGGAUUCUGAGUCCGAUUGCGGUUCGCAUCCAAACAUUCAAUUAACUGACAUUAAAUCUACCGAUUGUUCUGACGUCAAUGCAAUGGAUUUCAAUUCAAACUCAUCGAUCGGAUCGUUAUAUCCAUCGACUGGAAGUGAACGGCCGGUCUCUGUAUGUUCUGGUCACUCGCCAUUCAGUGGCGCCGGCAGUACUGCCAGCGAUAACACAAGUGCUAAGACUAGUCAAUGCUCUCUUUCGCGCACCGAACACAAGGCCACCGAAGCCGCCAAUCAGACUCCCUCUCUGCCGCCCAAACCUCUUAACUACACGCCAUCGCCACUCGACUUAGGAUUGACUGCACCGGUGGUCGGCAACACUCGGCAAAGACAACCACAGACCGCUUCCUCACAGUUUAUUAUUCAUAAAUUUUCUCACGACUCGUACACUCAAUCCAAACCAUCCAUUGGUCACAACUCAAGCCCUCCUACAGGCGUAUUUGUGUCGUGUGUAGAACCGGCCGGUUCUGCGAGCACUGCUCUCAAAGUUGGUGACAAAAUACUUCAAAUCGAUGGCAUAGAUCUGCUAAAUGUGACCAAAGAUAAGGCGAUCCAUAUAUUCGAGUCGACGGGAGACACCAUUUCGCUAAUGGUUUCAAGAGAUAAAUCUUAAACGAG